AGCAAGGAGGAGGAAACAACCCCAUGGUAGCUGGACUAAAGGGAACAAAAUAUCCUGAAGUGGUGGGAAAAUCUCUGCCAAGAUGCCUUCCAGGAAGAAAACAACCAUGUUUGCAUCUGCUUUUUGUACCUGUGUUUCCUCCUUCGUGCUGAUUUGUGUGGUGCUGGGGACGCAGCAGUGGGUGAGCAGCGACGUUCUCUUCUCUCGCACCAACACCAGCAUCACCAUCAGCCUCGACUACGGACUCUUCAGGGGCACCUGUGAACAGUUUGUUGAAGCAGGACUUCAGGUGUCAAAACAGACCUUCCAAGGACACAGAGACAGAUCCACUCAGGGUGUGAGCUCAACCCUCCUCACCUGUCCAUUUGCAGAUUCCCUGAGCAGCACCAAGACAAGAAGCACCAACGUUGCCAUUAUUGUGAUUCUGGUUCUCAGUUUACUGACUUCCCUUCUGAGCUCUGGAUUCACCUGCACCAAUGCUGUCAGCAACCCCUACCAGACAUUUCUGGGACCCAUUGGAGUCUACACCUGGAAUUCCAUAUGUGGAAUCCUCGUGCUUAUAGCCAUGAUACUUUUCCCUGUGAACAUAGAAGCACAUGGCCUGUCUGAAGAACUGGCCCAUGGAUGUUCCACCUCUCUGCAGAGCCACAUCAGAUCUCAGCACAGUUAUGGAUAUUCCUACUGGAUCAUGCUACUCGUCCUUUUCCUGAACAUUGCUUCUCUCAUCAUCAUAUAUUUCUAUGAACAUGCAAGGUAUUCUAAGAAGAAAGAGCAGGAAAGACCCAUUGAAAAUGCACCAAAAGACGUCAUUCUGUUUUAAGGACACCACAGAACAGAGGGUGCAAAGGAAAAUGACUAUUUAAUGUGGACAACUAAUUUCCAUUCAAACUGAACUGUGUGUGCAGUUCAAUUAACAAAUUGGUUUGAAGACACAAUGGUCUACUUUGGUUUUAGCUGCCUUCUGCUUCACCCUUUGAGAUCUCAAGGGGCAGAAAUAUCCUUGGGAUCAUGAGAAAUGGUCACUAAGAUGUUGGUGCUUCAUUUUGUCCUUUCUCUUCUUAAGGAUCUUCUCCUGCAGGUCUCUGUGGAGCUGCCCAGGUGACCACAGGGACUCAGGGAGGCUCCUGUUCAUGGGCAGGAGUGUGAGCACUUGUGGACAAAGUCCACAGAAGACAGUGGUGGAUUCUCCAUUCCUGGAAGGAUUUAAAAGCCAUGUGGAUGUGGCACUUGGGGACAUGGGUUAGUGGCGGC